AUGGUAAAUGCUGCUACAUUAUGGAAAUGGGGUUGUUUUAGCACAAAGUUUUCUCAAACUAAACCUCAUGUAGAAGACGAAAAGCCUUCGGAUUUGCCUUUAAACUUAGAAGCUGGAAGAAAUACUGAUGAUGAUACCAAGAUUGCCAAAUUUCAUAAAGAUUUCAAUUUGAUUGUAGAACCCUUAUCGUCAACGGAUCUUAUAUCCUCUAAUAGUGAUGGCUCGAAGAUACGAAUUGCAUACAAGGGUGGACCAGGAGCGAAUAGCGAGGCUGCUGCUGUAAAAGCAUAUCCAAAUUGUGAGACGGUCCCCUGGGAAGAUUUUGAAUCUGUAUUUAAGGCAGUCGAGUUGUGGUUAGUGGACAAAGCAGUGGUUCCAAUUGAGAAUUCUGUAAGCGGAAGUGUUCACAGAAAUUAUGAUCUAUUCCUUGGUCAUAGGCUACACAUUGUAGGAGAAGUGCAGCUCAUUGUUAAUCACUGCCUCCUGGGAUUGCCUGGAGUGCGAAAAGAGGAAUUGAAAUGCGUUUUAAGCCAUCCUCUGGUUAUUGAUCAAUGUAAGAUUAUGUUAAACAGGUUGGAUGUGGUUAAAGUUACUACUGAAGAUACUGCUGGUGCCGCUAAGAUUGUAGCCUCUAAUGGUAUACGAUACAUUGGAGCAAUUGCUAGCUUAAGGCAAGCAGAAAUAUAUGGGCUCAACAUUCUUUCAAAGAAAAUCCAAAAUGAUUCAGAUAACAUCACUCGUUUUCUAAUAGUAGCAAGAGAACCUAUAAUCCUAGGAACUAACAAACCCCAUAAGACAAGUAUUGUCUUCACAUUGGAAGAAGGUCCCGGAGUAUUAUUCAGAGCGUUGUCAGUGUUUUCUCUUUCGGAUAUCAACUUAUCAAAGGUAACUUAUCGAGAGCCGGCCAAUCGUCCACUAAAAAUCGUCGAUGAUAGCAUCAAAGGGAGAACCAAGUACUUCAACUAUUUCGUUUACAUUGAUAUUGAAGUUUCAAUGGCUGAGCCUCGUGCCCAAAAUGCUCUUAGACAUCUGCAGGAAUUUUGCUGUUUCCUUCGUGUUCUAGGUUGCUAUCCAGUGGAUGCAUUCCAAUAGAUGAGUGUUCUUUCAACUGUUCAUAUCACAAAAUAUAUGGCUCCAUGCUGACUUAGUGUUGAUGUAAAGUAAUUAAUAGAAAACAGCAACCUUUCAAAACCUUGGCAAACUUUGAUGCAGCGAAUAGAUGAUAUAUAGUAUAUGCGGAUAACAUCUACAUGAGUAAAAGUUUGUAAAUUGCAGCAUAGUAUGCAAAAACUUGAUGAAAAGCUUUGAAACUAGAUUCACCAACAAUGAGAUUAGCUCAAGAUGCUUGAUGCUGCUUAAUGGCGGCUUUCUUGCUUUUCAAACAUCCAUGGGAUGCAAAAACAUUUACAUCUUCCGUUCGUAUGUUUGUAUUUCUAUGCUACUACAGCAACCUUUGGGUUAUAUCUAGUAGGUUGUUAACUUGUGUUUAUAAUUUCUCAGAGAUCUGUACCUUGCACUUUCUUAGGAUACACAUCUCAUCACAAAGGUUUUUUAAUCCA